AUGAAGGUGACAAUUUUGGGGGCUGGGCAAGAUGUUGGUCGUUCCUGUGUCUUGCUCACAUUUCCAACUAGAAGACUGAUCCUUGAUUGUGGAGCCCAUUGCGGGUUUGUAGAUCAUAAGAGGUAUCCCGCGCUGCAGAUGCUCGGUCCAGACGGGGUAUACGAACACCAAUUGGAGAUUUUGGAAAAGACAUAUUUAGGAAGCCAAACUGAAAGACAGGGUGGAGCUUCAGAUGGACCUAUUGAGGACCCAACUCAAAAGGCAGUUUUAAUGAGAGUUGCCAUGGAGCGUACUCUUAAUGAUCUUACUAAUACACUUGACUGUGCAAUAAUUUCGCAUUUCCAUCUGGAUCAUGUAGGUGCCCUCCCAUUUCUUACUGAGCAAUUAAAGUUCAACGGCCCCGUUUACAUGACCUGGCCUACAAAGGCUCUUUCGCCUAUACUUUUGCGCGAUAGCGCACAGGUAACCGCACAAAGAACGGUAAAACAGGACAAAGAAAAUCUAAGGAAUCUUUUAAAUAUGCGGACAGAUUCUGAAUCGCACAAAAGAAGAAAGGGUGCAGAUGACCCUUGGGGAUAUAACCUCGGACCUGCAACUGAAUCUGUAAAGAAAGCAAUAGCUCUUCAACUUCAGGAGACGAGACAUAUUGGUAAUAUAAAGAUAACACCAUAUUAUGCAGGACAUGUCCUUGGAGCUGCAAUGUUUCAUGUAGAAUGUGAUGGUUUUUCAGUGUUAUACACUGGAGAUUUUAACACUGUACCAGAUAAACAUUUAGGACCUGCAAAGGUGCCUCGUUUGUGUCCAGACGUUUUGAUAUGCGAGUCUACAUAUGCAACGGUAGUUAGGCAACCUAGAAAGGCAACAGAAAUGGAAUUAUGUACUGUUGUUCACGAUACCCUCUUGAAGGGAGGCAAGGUUUUAAUUCCAGUAUUUGCCGUUGGAAGGGCCCAAGAGCUUGCAAUUAUCCUGGAUUCAUAUUGGUCAAAAUUGGAGUUGAAAUACCCAAUUUAUUUCGGUGGCGGUCUUUCUGAAAAAGCUACAAACUACUAUAAACUACAUUCGUGCUGGACAAAUGAGCAUAAUAUACCGGGGUUGAAUGAAAACACAUUUUCAAUGUCUUACAUACAACCAUUUGAUAACGGUUAUUUGAACGAAAACAGACCAAUGGUUUUGUUUGCAACACCUGGGAUGGUACACGCUGGAUUAUCACUUAGAGCGUGCAAACUAUGGGCCCCAAAUCCAAAUAAUCUUAUCGUUAUACCAGGGUAUUGUGUACAAGGAACAGUUGGAAACAAGCUUAUUUCCGGGGAAAAGGUGAUUCAGACAUCUGCUGGACCAAUAAAUGUUAAGUGCAAGGUCCGUUAUCUAUCCUUUUCUGCACACGCAGAUUCCGCUGGGAUAAUUCAGCUCGCAAGACAGGUAUCUCCAAAAAACAUUUUACUCGUCCAUGGAGAGUCUGAAAGUAUGAAAAAGUUCUCGAAACAUCUAAAUCAUAUACUUGGAGUGCCUGUUCAUUGUCCCGCAAAUGGUUAUACCGUAGAAUUUGAAAAGGAAAAAAGAGAGGAUAUUCAAGAUGUAUACUUGCAUCCAGAAUUAUUCUUGGAGGCUUCUGGAAUGGAAAUAACCAAAGAAGACCCACCAUCACUUGAGAUAUCCGCUAGCCCUGCAGAAACAGUUGAAGCAAUCGCCCUUGUCGAUAAGCAGGGUCUAUUUUUGACUUGCCGAGAGAAUGUGUUUUUGUCCACCAAGGGCAAUUGCUUGUACAUGGACCCGGGAUCCAUAAAACAAAAGUCUCAAACUGCAUCGUCUGGAGAGAGUAUCUCACCUUUGCACCAAAUUAUACACAAGCAAAAGAGAGUACUCUCCGAAGACAAGUUCAUGGAGUUUACCGAACUAAUUUCAAGGUUAAUUUAUCAUAAUUACGCAUUUAUCGCAAAGGAAUUAAAAAAUGGAGGUAUUUUAAUCAUUUAA